UCUGUGCAAGGGAGCAAAGGUGGGACUUGCAGAGUGGCCUGUAUAUGUCUUAUUAUGUUGUUCUUUCAUGUCAGUGGGCAAGAGCAUUCGGGAUACCAGUCAGGUGUUGAAGGUACUGACAGGGGGACAGUGGCAGAAUCAUAUCUGUAUGUGCAUGAAGCAGACAGUACACUUAUCGAUGGCUACGAAUCAGGAGAUGACAUGAGGAUGACCACCACAAGCUUCCCUUACAUAACAGACUACCCUAGCAGCUAUUACCUAGAGGAGACCACGGCUGCUUAUUCUGAGUCAAGAUCUUCUGGAUAUUAUUUGAACAGAGAGGAAUAUACUUAUCCUACUCCAACAGAGUCCUAUGACAAUGCGAAGGAAGUUAUUACCCUAACCGCAAGGACACCAUUUAGUAGAAAGAAAGAUCCCUUCUCAGUUCCUAAUGUCUCAGGGGAAACAGAAGUCAUUGAUCUGUUACGAGAAUUAGGAGUCCCCAGUGCUUCUGGAGUCAAUACCGUUCCAGGAUCACAAAGUGACCGGACAGCAUAUCAGCUUGGACCACAUGUGCACGUUACAGGAGAAACCAGAUUACUUCUCCCACAGGGGCUCUCCCAGGAAUUCUCUAUAGUUUCUACCUUCAGAAUGAGAGAGGAUACCUCUCAGGUGGUGUGGGAUCUCUGGAAAGUGAAGGACAGUACCAGAGCUGAUCAGUUCAGGCUGCGUCUCUAUGGAGAAAGCUCUGCAGUUGACAUAUACAGUACAGCAGGAGAAGCAUCGGGUAGUGAGCUCACCACCUUUGAGAAUGUGGAGAAGCUUUUUGAUGGGACAUGGCACAAGCUUGCCCUUAGUGCCAGGAGAAACCAGCUUACCUUAUAUAUAGACUGCCAGCCAGUGGACACUGCCCCUGUCAGUCAUUAUGGAGCAAUCAGGACAGAUGGAAACAUUGUCUUGGCCAAGAGAAUAAAGGAUGACAUCACUACACUGGUGGAUGUGCAGCAACUUCAGCUUUACACAGGCCACAACCGGGCAGAGGACGAAACGUGUUGUGAAGUACCUGGAGUGGAAGAUGUCCGGUGUGGGAGUUCAGGAUAUGGGGAGAUUCCAGAAACCUGCAGUUGCCAGCCUGGAGUGCCUGGCUAUGCUGGCUUUCCUGGUACAAAGGGUGAAAAAGGUGAUCACGGUGCCUCAGGCUUCCCAGGAUUGCAAGGAAGACAGGGUGAUCCAGGAGAAACAGGUUCUGAAGGACCUUCUGGAUAUUCUGGAGCCUUGGGUUUCAUCAGUAUACCUGGAGAGAGAGGUGAACUGGGUCCCCCAGGGAAAAAGGGUGAACCUGGUUUGCCUGGACCUGAAGGUGAAUCUGGAAUAAAAGGAGAAGCAGGUGACAUUGGGAGGAGUGGUAAGGAUGGCAGCUCUGGUGCUCCAGGGGAGGAGGGUUCACAAGGAACACCAGGAAAACCAGGACCUCCAGGGCCAGAUGGACCAAAGGGCUUUGCUGGUGCUAAUGGACCCAAAGGAGCCCAUGGAAAGCAAGGAUCUAUGGGUUAUCCAGGAGCCAUGGGAGAAACUGGAGAAGCAGGGCCUAAGGGAGAUGAAGGACCUAUGGGAAUCCCAGGCAGUGAUGGCAUUCCAGGAAGAGAUGGUCCACUGGGAAUCCCAGGAUUAGAGGGUGAGAUUGGAUUUAUGGGACCAAAGGGUAACAAAGGUGAGCAGGGUCCCAAGGGACCACCAGGAAGAUCAGGCUCCAUGGGAGCCAAAGGUGCGAUGGGUGAUCCUGGCAUACCAGGUAAACCCGGUCCUAAAGGAAUAAAAGGCCAAAAGGGGGCUCAAGGUGAGACUGGAGAUCAAGGCCCAAAGGGUGAUACUGGAAGAAAAGGAGACACUGGGGAUGCUGGAUCCCAGGGUGAUCCCGGGGACAGGGGAGACAAAGGCCAACAAGGAGAAUGUGGAUCUCCUGGUCUGGUUGGUCCAGAAGGCCAAAGAGGUGUCCCUGGUUUACCUGGUCCAAGAGGUUUUCCAGGCUUUGUGGGGGAGAAUGGAAUAAUUGGUCCCCCUGGAUCUCCAGGGCCUCGUGGGCCUGAGGGGCCAGGAAUGCCUGAGGAGCACAUGUAUGAACUGUGUCGUAAUGUGAUCAUAGCUCAGAUAGCCCAAUAUUCAGCAGGUAUCAGAUACAAAUGUGCCAGCGCUUGUCCCACUGCUAAUCUGACACUAAUUGGACCCCCAGGACUUCCUGGCAUGGCAGGACCACCUGGAAAAAAGGCAGGUAAACUCUGAUGUACUUUGGCAUGAAACUUUGAAGACAUUUGUUUCCUUUCUUCUGAUGAUACAUUUCUUACCCCUUCUGUUUUUUCUUGGUUUCUUUUGUUUUCCCAAAUAUGAUGAAGUCAAGCACACUGCUUGGGCUAUUUACAAAUUAAAGCUGUUCAUAUUUAUUUGAACAGGGAAAACCAGGUCGUCCUGGACUUACUGGGAAACCUGGCUCCAGGGGACCUACUGGAUUUCCUGGAGCUAAAGGAGAAGUUGGGGAACCAGGUAGAGAAACUAAUGUUUCUAUAUGGAUUGAUAAGGAAUACUCCUCUGUAAGCAAGUCU